AUGGACGCGCGGCACGGGAUCAGGACGACGUCACGCAGGUUGAAACGCAUGUUUUCGAGAAAACGGCUGGAGCGCGGAGAGUGUGAUCAGGCAUCUUGCAGCAGUAGUAGCAGCGAGUGCGAGAGUAGCAGUUGUUCGAGCAUCGCAUCAUCGUGCACACGCAAGACACUGGAUCCGCAUUGCAUCCGAGCAUCGACGUUCGAAUGGACGUGGAAUUGGGACUCUAACUGGACCCCAGACGGGUUCUGCGCAGACCAAGUCGCACCUGGCUUCGCCACCUCGCUCAGCUUGCGCACACCAACACUGCCCAUCAGCCCUAAAACCUCGGUAGACGUCUCCUACCCCGAUUCCCACGCAUCCUCAUACCGCCCGAUCCACCGGCACUCGCUCACCUCUUACUUCAGCGACGAUGCCAGUGACACAGACCACAACUCUCCGCUCCCCUCGCCACCACAUGCCCACCUCGCCCCAUUGCCCACAUCCCCCCUAACCCCCGAACCACCCACACGUCCAUCCAUCGUCCUACCGACCCACCUUGCUCGGCUCACGAAACGCAACACGUACACCAUCCGUCGCAAACCCGCCCCGAGCUGGACAGCGCCUCGCCCGGUAUCGCCCCACCUGCGUUCGUGA